GUUUUCCAAAAGCAUUAAAGGUAGACAAAGGUGUUAAACUUAAUUGGAAUGUUCAUUUUGGUGUUGUAAUGGAUAGUGCAUUGGCUGUUUUUUGGCAGGAUAAUGGGCCAGUUACUAUGCUGUCAAUAAUUUAUGAGCUUGUUUGUGAAGAAUGGAAAGUAGAAAGAGAAAAACAAAGGCCAAAAGAAACAAAUGCUAAUACUGCUAAAGUGCAUGUAGUGUUUGGUUCUGAAUCAAGAAAAAAAUUAAAAAUUUCCAAAAUAAUCGAUGAUUAUAAUAAUAACAUGAAUGGUGUAGAUAUUGCAAAUCAACUACAAUCUUAUUACAGUGGUGCCCAACUGAGAAGUAAUUCUGAACAAGAAACAAGACGACUAAGAAUAAUCAAAUAUUUUAAACUCUCAGAUCAAUGCUUUGUUUCCAGGAAUCAUUUUGCUAUUUGGAAAAGAGAUAAAUGUGAGGCAUGCCGAUGGU